AAGUAUAUUAGGAGGAUUCUGACGUGGUGGUAGUGCUAAAAUCCUUGAUUUGCGAGGACUUUCAGUCUUUCCUGUUGUUUCGUUUCGUUGAAAACAAGGCGAACGCUUUCGACCGAGAGACGACUUGUUGUCUGGAACAAGUAAUCGCCGAAAAUGGGUCUGUGGACUUUAUUCCAAGGCUUCUUGCUUCUUGUAAAUGCGUUUGCAAUACUGAACGAAGAUCGUUUUCUCGGUCCUAGAGGGUGGACCUUGCUACAAUUUCAAGGAGAGCGGAGAACCACGCUUAAGGGGCAGAUCAUAGGAUUUAUACACGCAUGCCAGUUCUUCAGAUUUCCGCUCAUAAUUUUGAACAUCGUAACUAUUGUAGUGAAGCUGAUCUCCGGGUGAAAUGCGUUAUGUAAGUUAUGUCUCUUUGUAAUCUGUUACGAAUUUUCGGCUAGUUACAUCCUGUUUUCGUUCUUGGGUUUGAGUCCCAAAUACAAAUUCAGGAUGUGGGUGUGUUUUUGAUCCAUGGCUUUAUUGUUGUACAUUACAGAGUUACUCAACUGUAUAUCAGUUUUUUUAAGUUUUUCGCAUUCUCUUGUCA